AAAUUUCUCAUACAUUGUCAUACAGCGAAUAUUCUACGUGUUCAAAACGCCUUGUCAUUGAAAAAUCAGGCAUCCGAUUUCUCCGCAGACCUGUAGAUUGGAAGUAAAAAUACCAGAGAAGCAGAAGAAGGCCCGAAAUGGGGGAAAACGUGGCCGUAAAUGUAGAUUUUUGGGGGAGAGGGGAAGCAGGAUCCACCACUAGUGUUCUCUGUAUUCCAAGUGACGUCACUUGGCCAGAUUUUAGACUUCUGCUGAAGCUAGCGUUCCAGUGUGAGGAAGUGAUAAUUCAAUACUUUGAUGAAGAAAAUGAUGCCGUUAUGAUCGGAAGUCAAGAAGAACUUGAAGAGGCCAUGAAAUUUGGCAAAAAGACUGGAAAUACGCUCCGUGUUCGUGUGACUGAGAGCUACCCCCAGCCUACUGAAAAUGAGCAGAUAGAUGGACAGAAACUGAAUGCAGAAGUUGUUGCUGAAGCUGCAAUGAUGGAUGCAACUGCUGGAGGAGAAGCUCAGAAAGGGGAGAUGAAAGAUAUUGCUCUCGCAAUAAACUUUACGGCUGCGCAAAACGAGACAGAGGAAACUGGCGAAACAAUGCACACGGAUGACUCUGGCAGUUCCCCCUCUUCCCCUACAGAGGCCAGCCUUGCUAAGCGACACAGGGUCAAGGGUUACUAUUCCAGGCUGGCACGAGAUGUUGGCUGUAUGAGAGGAAAGAUUGUCCGAACCUGUGGCAACCGGAUGCAGCGCCACCUACCCUCGUCGCAGUAUGAUUCGGAAUCCGGAGAGCAGUCUCCAGUGUCUGACAUGUCUGAUAUCCUAGCCCCACCUCCACCCAUGUGGUUCCAGCAAUAUAUGGACAAGUUCAAAAAAGACGUUUCAGGUGAAAUUGCUGAUAGGGUUGCUCGUAGGACAGUUAGACAGAUCCUAGGUGGCCUGGAUGGCGCAGUGAUUCACUCGGUACAGGGCACAUCAGGUCGCCCGGCACCAGCUGUUUUACCGGAUCCAGGACCAGGUGCUGAUGGACAAGGUCAAGCUAUCUACUGCCACACUGGCAUCAUCUGCGACUGUUGUGAUCAGACCAUUGUGGGCAACAGGUACAAGUGCGGGAACUGUGAUGAUUAUGAUCUCUGUGAGCAAUGCGAGUCUAUCGACGGGAUCCACGAUCCAACUCACGUGUUUAUCAAGAUCAAGCGCCCCGCAGUCACAGCUGGGCGCAAGAAGGGCCAGAUGCAGCCCCUGCUGAGGAAAUCACUCUAUAGCCCAGAGGAGGCAGACGAUGAGGAUAAAAUGAAGGAGGCGAAGAAAUUAGAGAGGAUGCAGGAGCGCGAUGCCAGGCUCGCUGAACGCUGCCGACGCCGUGAGGAGAAACAAGAGGAGAAGUUGAAGAAGAAAGAAGAAAAGUUGAAACGUCGCCACGAACAUCAGCGAGAUGUUCCUCACAAGAAGGAGAGGCUGGACCUACCAAAGUACAGAUUGAAGGAUCGCCUCGAUGCCCGCUUUAUUCGAGAUGAGACAAUCGCGGAUGCCACCCAGAUGCCCCCAGGCACCAAGUUCACCAAGAAAUGGCUGAUGAAGAAUACCGGCAAUUCAGCAUGGGAUCGAGACACGAAGUUGUGUUUCCUGUGGGGGAACCUACCUCCAACAGCCGCCCGAAAUGCGGUACCCCAUCUCCAGCCCCAAGAAGAGGGAACCCUGUUAGUUGAACUUGUUGCCCCUGAGGAGCCUGGUGUGUACCAGAACCACUGGAGACUACAGAGGGGCUAUUCCUUUGGUCAUCGUGUCUGGUGUAGCAUUGUUGUCCAGCAGAGAAGUGUUUUGGAGCCUGUUUCCCAGACAGUUUCGGAACUUUGUGAAAUCGUCACAAAUGCAUCGGCGGCGUCGGAGGCCGAACCUGGCAUUCGUAGAAGAGAGGUUAAAUGCACCGAAGAUGAUGGCUCUGAAAGUUGGCAGUGUCCAUUCUGCCCUGGCACCGUCGCCUACAAGCACAGCCAACCUCUCGUCUCACACUUGCUGAGGCAGCACGGAGAACUAAUGGGGGAUCCUGUUCUGUCGGAGAUAUAUGACCAGCCUUCUGAGGCUUGUGUCAGAAUACAGCCAGCUUCAGAACAAGCUGAAGCUCCUGCUGCUGUUCAGUGCCCAUUCUGUCCGACAAGCCUGGUGUCGACCAAUCUCUUCCGGCUCCAUUUGACUAGUAAACACCCGGACAUGAUGGCAGAGAUGGUGGAGACAGAGAAGGAGAGUGGGGAGGCCAGGAAGGGGCUGGACACGCAUCAUUCUGAUGUAAGGACAGAUGGUCAGAAUGACGAGACAGAGGAACAGCAACCGGAAGCGGCGGCUGCAGAUCAAAUUGAGAGGAAUGUGGAAAGUGGUGAGACGACCGUCUGUAAUACAGACAGGCAAGUCCUGUCUCCGUGUAAGGAGCUGCUCUCCUUUGAGAUGUUGGAGAUCAGUGAGGGGCAGGGACAGAAGAUACCUCAUGCUUCACAGACGGCUACUCCGAAUAAUACUCCAUUGGAUAUGAGCCCUCCCAAAUCUCCAAUACCAGAGUUAGACCUGGCAGCCGCUUGUCGCCUUUCGAACUCCAGUAGCCUGGAGUUGGUUCCCGAGUCUCCUGCUGGGGAGAAUGACCUAGAUUUGAUGUCGGCUCUCGUCCAGGAGAGAAUGGCUGCACUUGGAUUGAAACCAGGCCUGGGAGAGUGCGAGAUUGACAUCGAAUCGAUCAGUUCCUGCUCUGACGAAUCAGAUGCUACUGAGAAUGAUUUUUUCAUCGUACCGCUACCCGAAUGUUUCAACACGUCUAUCCCAUUGACGCGCUCUGUAAUAAGCCCAGGGGCCACGUAUGGAUCAGCCAGCAAUACAGUUUCAGAUUGUUCUUCUGAGAGGUCUGUGGAUGACAUGUUGACGACGUCAAACACCAUCCCUAUGAAGCCACUCACCCCAGCUGUUGCUCUCCAACCAGAGGUCAAGAUAGAGAAUGAGGAGCAAUCAUUCAGCGAUGCUUCUGAAGAUGAUGAGGUUGCAGACGGCGAAACUGGCACCAUCACCGAGGGCGUCAAAAGGAUUGAGUUAAAUGGUGAGACAGGUUCAAUCGUGGAUGCGGUAGCACAGAUUGACUUGUCUGAUGAUGAGUUGUACGAAGCUGCUGGGCCCGAACUGGUCGUCCCGGAACAUGACGUCAAAACGGAAAGGGUUGAGAAUGACGAGACGGGCGAGAUGGUCGCUAAGGAGUCUGACGUUGCUGAAGGACAGGUGCCUGUGGUGAAUCAAGAACCUCAGGAGAGAAGUGAAGAGGGUGCUGAGGGUCCGGAUACAUCAGGAGAUGACCAGGGGCGUAACCAUGCUGGAGCAGGCUUCAUGCAUACAGCUAUCGGGAUGGCAAGUGUAGCAGCGACUCAGGCUUAUCAUACAGCAAAAGAUGUGUUCCAGACUCUUCAAGCAAAUAACAAGUUUGUUCCACCAAAAUCUGAUUGGAAACCACCACAGGACAAUUGGACACCCCAAAAGAGUGAAUGGAAUCCUCCAAAAAAUGACUGGACACCCCUGCAGAGCACAUGGACUGCCCCCCAGAGCGCAUGGACUCCUCCGCAGAGCGAGCCAGUACCAAAGGAAAGCUCGCCCCUGGACCAACUCGUCGAAAUGGGCUUCGCUAACCGAGAUGUAAAUCGGCAGUUGCUCGAGAAACACAAUGGAAAUCUCGAGAAGGUGGUUUCCGAGUUGUUACAACAGGGGGAGAAUGACUGGCAUGUCCACAGGCAUUAGAUAUCCGGAAUUAACCGGUAUCAUCACAAACUGUUCAGGUGUACUAAUUACCCGAGUUUUAGCACGUCUUUUCGUGGAAAUUGUGUGUUUAUUGCCCAGUUAUCUCAAAUUAUUCCUCUGAUUGUAAUUUACCCUCAAAAAGGCCAAUGUUAUAGACAGUUAAACUAAUGUGGUUAGGAUUAGGGUGUGUGGGAAAUGGCUAGCGCUGUUAGCAUAGGCAAAAUAAUACUUUUGGGGGGCAAAGUGUUGAGCACAUUUUGAAAAUUGAAGAGGAAACAUCAUUUUGGGAGAAUAUCAAAGUGAGUGUUCAAAAAAAUUGUCCAAAAAGCAACUUGCUCAAAAAGUUUAAAGAUUUUUGUAGUUGUGAAAAGAUAAGAAAGGUCAAUUGUCAGGUAAAAAAGGUAUAUUGAAUCUUGUUCAUUACAAAAAAGUUCUUGAAAUUCAUGUGUGAUUAUAAUAUAAUUAGUGGUUCUUUUGUACAAAUCUUACGCUAUGGAAUAUUUCUGCACAUCUUGUCAGUGAGUGUUGUAUGUAAAUUGUACAUAAUGCGGUGUGGUUUUCAAAAGUUUGGUGGUGAGAAGUGAUCAAGCAGCGAGUGUUUUUACAGUGGAUUGGCAAAUGGGUGUUUCUACAGUGGAUUGGCAAGUUGUGAAGCGGGGUGAUUUUUGGCGGAUAACUGAAGUGAGGGUUUCGUCACAGUGUGUAUAAAGCUAUUAAAAGUAUGUAUUUUGUGAGCACGUUGCUGGUACUUAAAUUCAGAGAACUUUUACUACGUAAGUUUGCAUACUUGUGACCUACAUACAUGUAAAGUAGGAGGGAUUAAUUGCAAAGACUUUGUCGCUAUGAUAUUGUAUUUCAAAGCACAGAUGUAGUUUUAUUCAAACCUUAUAUCAUCUUGUUCACUAAGAUACGAAUGGCGUCAGGCAAGUCAUUCAAACUAUAACAUGCAUGGCUCUCGAGAAAGUAACCUAUUAUUUGGAAUGUACAUAUAAAGAUAAAAUACAUGUAUCAUUGAUAUACUUGUCAGACUUGUCUUGAAGCAAUGUGUAUGUGUAAUUUUUGAAUUUUUUUCUUCAAGUCUUUGAUAUACAAUGUAGACAAGUCGCUUUUCUUUUCGUAUAUAUCCACAUAUUGGUAUAAAGCCAUAUGUGUCCCUGGAAAAGUUUUUUUUCCAAAGUUUUGCAUCUUUUUCUGGGGUGUUUAUAGAAGACAUUUUUUUUUUCAAAUUCACUUGCAGGUUUGAUUUAUGAUCUCAAAAUUGGAUUUAGAAAAGUAGUUCAUUGCAUAUAAUCAGUUUCUUGGUGUUGUGUUCAUUUCAUUCGUAACUAGAUUAAUCAUUUCUAUAUCCAACGUUUUUAGAUUAGAAUUUGUUUUAUUAUCCGGCCAGUUUAAACUUUGUAAAUUUUUUCUCAAUACUGUUGUGUGUCUGAUUGUCCAGGUUCAUUAUCACUCAUUACGAUAUACCCUGACACGUAACUGUAAGUUUGGAGCCAGAGAAUGACUCCAACCGUUAAUGUAACAGACUGAAAACACAACUUUUUUGACAGUUAAUUCUAUCUGUCAUUUAUUCUUACUGAAUCAUCAUGUUGUAUUCAUUCAGUAAAAUAUGUAUAAUGUUGUCUAGUGCAUAUUUUCAUGUGGCUACAUGUACCUUGUAUGUUGAUACAACUAAAAACUUACUACAUCAAAGUUGAAGUAAUAUGUUUUUGAUACAUACUAAUGUGUUGUGUAGCAGGGGUGGUUUUCAGUCUGUGAAUUUGAACUGGUGGUGCUGUAAAUUUCAUGGAGUCCCCUGGAGGAGCAGGGGGAAUUUGCAGGUUGGCUUCUUCAGAAUCAGUAUAUCAUAAUGGUAACAUCAUACUGCAGUUCGAUGUCUCUCUGUGAUCUUCAAAGGGGAACCUUCCUUCAUGAAUCCCCCAAAAUGGACUGCUCCGUAGAAGAUAAAAGGUGUAAGCAUGAAAAUCGGGUCAGUUUGAAAAGUGUCUUCUUGAGGGCAUACAUGUAGGGUAAAUAGGAGUGCUAGGGUUGUAAAUAAAUCUGUGAUAUAUCCAGGGGUCAGUGCAUUCGAUAUUUGUGGAGUAGUUCCUUGUCUCCAUGUAAUGUCUAAUCGUGAAUAUUAUUUAUUUUCUGGAUGUUCUGGAUGUGACGUGUAUGAAAAAGGUAGCCCCGAUUUUGUUUUGACUGAAAUUUUCUUGUGAAAUUUCAGCAUACCUUCCCCGGCCCAUACAUGUAAGCUUGAAUGGUAUCCUUUGCAGGGUUGGCUCUGCGAAUUUUUUCCUCCCAGCCACUUUUUAGCCAAGUGGCUGUCACUUUUAGCCAUAUUGAGUCAGCUCAAAACAUUGCCGAUCGUUUGUCCAUCUUGGGGCCGACCCAGCCCACAGUAACAUGUGCGAGAAUGGCAGCCCGCCAGUACUGAGACUAGCAAAUCAACGAACGAUUCGAGGAACCCGUGACCGGAACCUCCAUGGCAACGAAGCGAGCGGGAAACCAGUCGAUAAUGUAUGCGUAAGGCGACCAGCAGCGCUUCUAAAAUCACUAGCGGCAACGGGUAGAACUACAAUUCAGACGAUAGCAACCGCGUGUGAUAGCGCGGCCGCCCGCAAAUAUGAUCAAGUUUGACUGACUAACGAUCGUUCCUUGAUGCAUUUGGUAUGGAAGUGGAUCUUUUUGAUAGACCUUGACCAAUUUUCACAACUCUAUUACUCUCUCCUCAGAUCAAGGCAAUUCAAUUUGAAUUCGCAAAAUAUUUAGCCAGACAUUGUUUUACAUUCGCCACUCGUGCAGCAUUCGCAAUUGGCGAAAAUGCGAACGGGCGCGCCAACCCUGCUUUGAUAUUUAUAUCCUUGAUAUUCAUCCUGGCUAUUGUGCUAGUUGUUUGAACCGCAAGCAAAAAAUAAGAUUUUUUUGGGGGAAACAAACCUUCACUCUUCCAGUUUAUGUACAAGAACAGUCCAUUCAGGAAAUUGGGGGUGUAAAGGUAAAUGUUCGUACGUUUUUCUGGGACAAUAUGUGCGAUGUGUAGAUAGAUAUUUCUUUAAUAUCAAUCACGCUAUAAUGUUGUAUUUGAUGUUUGGUGGCUGGCCAACAUCGAGGAUAAUCACCAUAUUCAUGGUUAGUCAAUAAUAAUCAAGUAUUCAUGUAGUAGCGGAGGUACAUGUAACAAUAUAAAACGUAUAAUGAUAAUUCAUCCUAAUUAACUACUUUAGAAUUAUGUAACAUUUCAAUGUUAUUCGAGUGAAUAUUAUUUGUUUAAUCUGUAACUCUUUCUAAUCACAAAAUAAAGUUUGAAAAUUCAGCGACUAUGAUAUUCGAUAGUAAAUGAAUCCUGAUUUUGGAAGUUCCCCUGUUCCUGAUUUUGGAAGUUAUGGACUCGAUAUUAUAUAUCCCCAUGUAAUUGUUGUAAGUCCUUUCAUCAUAUCUAAUCUGCAAUUUUUUGGUUCAAUGGAGGUUUCUACCCUUGGAAACGUAUCAAUCACAAUUUGGUGACCUUUACUCUGAUUUCAUGCUUGAUUCUGAACCACAUGUAAAUAUUAUGUAACAGCUGUGUGAGUGUGUUGAAUGCAGGACAUAAAAUCCAUUUAAUCUAAUAAAUGCUUCAUAAUGUGCCAA